AUGGUUUUACUUCCAAAACCGUGGCUCCUGAAAUAUUGCUGUUUGCCCGUUCCCAGUUAAACCUGCCUCUGGUUUUGAACUCACACCACUAUAUAAUCGUCGAACUCACCUACCCAACUCAACCAGAACACGAAACAAUCUUUCUUCUUCCACUCACAAAUAAAUCAAUCAAAUUAAGAAAAUCCCAGUUCAGAAAAUCAUCAAAAAAAUGAGUCCUUCAAGAAAGGCUUGGUUUGUGGCGGCGAGUAUCGGUACAGUGGAGGCACUGAAGGAUCAAGUCGGAAUUUGCAGGUGGAAUUAUGCUAUAAGGUCGCUUCAACAACGUGCUAAGAACAAUUUGAAGUCGUUUAGUCAGGCUAAAACAAUCUCUUCUUCUUCCAAGAAGAACGUUUAUGAAGAGAUGGGAUUUAGCAAGGUGAAGAAAUCAGAAGCUGCGAUGGAUAAAGUAAUGGAAUUGAACUGCUGGGGUCCGAGUACUGUUAGAUUUUAAUUUAUAAAUGGUAGUCAGGAAAUAUAUGCUAAAUAUUGUUACAGAUUUUUUUUUCUUUUUUAUGUUCGAAAAUUACUGGAAUAUGAACUUGCAAGAAAGUUCUUAAACUUUUGAAAGAAAUAAGAAAAUAUUUAUGAGUAA